AUGAGCGCACCCACUCCUCUCCACCCAGCACCAGCAUCCGCACCCACCUCGGCCACCUCCAGCGCCGCAGUCUCUCGCGUCAGCAGCAUAAGGUCCAACGCCCCUCCACCGUCUUCUGCCUCGACAACCCGUAUCCGCAAAGGUCUGCUCUCAAGAACAGGAAGCGAAGCCGAAGAUAGGAUGUCCAGAGCUGCGUCUGCGUCUCAUCCGCAGCUCACCACCGACGAUGAUGACGACGAGUACAUGAUCAGCGACUCGGGACCCAUGCCUCGGCGCUUCGCCUCUCAGAACCGCGCCCCACCCGGUACAGCUAGCAGCUCGCGUCAAUCUUCCAACUCCUCGCUGCCUCACACCAAUUGGGCGAAUCGUCCCGGCGCGACCUCGCAUCCUCUCAAUGCAUCGUCGGCCAGCAUCGCAUCCGGCAACCGCAGCGGUAGCGGCGAUGCCAGCGAGGGCGCAGCAUCCAGCGUUGGAGGCGUCAGUCUGGGCCGAGCCAUGUCUGUCAGCUCCGUAAGCUCUGUCAACAGCACCAGCAGCCUUGAGGCGGUGCCUUUCCGCGAAGCUCCUCUCGGCAACGUCAGACUGGGAUUCGGCGGCGCGGCGGCACGCUUCGCCGCACGCAAUGCUCGUGCAGACCCGUACGGUUCGCUGUCGCUUGCUGCACAGCAGCCGACUGCGUCUCAGUCAGCUGCGGCGAACGUUGCUGGUCAGGACGUGGAUUCACAAAUGGCCGCCGCCGACAGCCGCGAGGCACACCACUACGCGACGAAUGACCCGUCGAGUUCCUCUGCAUUUGCGUCUGCCCCAUCGACCCAAGCUACUACUCUCGGCACGUCGCUGCCGAACUCCGAGAGGCACAAGGGCGUGCCCAAGCCGAUGACCGAUGCUUGGAUGUACCGCGUCGGUCCCGGUAUGCGCACCAACCGACCACCACGCCCCACAUCCAUCGCGACCUCAGAGCUGCCCGAGCUGCAGCUCGACGAAUCUCAGCUUGCUUCCUCCCCCGCCAAGCGUUCGCGCGAGGUCAUCCGGCAGAAGUUUGUCAAGGGCGCCGGUCGGCUCGGUAUCAAGACCAACAUCGUCACCUCUCUCGCUCCUUCCCCUGCCGAACACUACGACGUCUACAAUCCGCUCGACAGCUCCGAGGACGAGAUCAACUUGAUAUCGCCCACACGAACACCCUUGCCACGCAGCUCGAGUUACUUUUCAUCUGGCCCUCACAGCGCCAACACGGCACCCGCUACGCCGCUGCACGCUCUUCUCACACCGGUCCCGGCUGACUUCAGGACCAGCUCGGUCACCAACGCGCCCUUGUUCGUGCCCAAAUUCGCAGAGGACCUGCCAAGUGCCAGGCUUCAUCCGGAAGCAGCGGGUCACGCCGGAUCAGCCUUUGGACACGACGACACUCGUCUUGCUUCCAGCGCAGAUGCUGGCCACGCGCCCUCUCUACCACCUCUCGGCUAUGGAGCGCAAGCCGGUAGUAUCUCUUCCGACCUCGCGCCCUACCUCACCAACCUCACAUCAGGUCAGAUUGAUGGAGCUAGCCACACUCGACGCGGAUCGGCCGCAACGCACAAACCCGUGCUCAUGCGCAACGAGAGCAGCAACGACGCCUUUGAUCGCACCGCAUCGCCCGGUCUGCUCGUGCGCGACCCCAGUGCCGUGGAUGCUCCUGAUGCUGAGCCCGCGCUGUACACGCUCUCCGCGCCGGGCCUCUCGCUCGCCACACAGCGCUCGCCUCACGUCGAGCUCGCUGCCACGCCGUACAACGAGGCGCGAGCGUCGCCGCAUCCUACGCCAGCCGAGCUGGUUCGGAUGGAAGCGCAAGCGGGUAUCGCCUCGCUUCCGGACUCGCCGAGCGAGCCGUCGCCGGUCCCUGCUAGCUACUCGCCCGUCGUCGAGGAUGAAGACGUCACCGCCACAAAUACGCUGGCGAGGACGAAGAUCAGGCGACCGAGCAGCGCUACAGGCAGCGAGGCGGGAGCUAGCUCAUCUCGACGACCCGACUCGUUGCAGCGACCGCGAAUGUGGUCCAACGCAAAACGACCCGCGGUCCUUCGUGCGCGCACGAGCGAGAGCUCCAUCAGCAAAGGUCGCCGCAGUCAGAGCUCGGAUCGUCGCGCCUACUCGCCCAGUGGCCAAAGUCCCAUCGAGGGCCUGGUGCAGGAGUCACCUUUCGACAGACCAGGCACGCAUUCGAAGAAUAGCUCGAGCAGCACCGCCAUUGGUAUCGGCGAACUUGGUAUGCGUGCGCCACCUCACGUAGCUGUGAUUCCGGAGGACGAUGAUGGCGUACAUGGCACUGGCAGUGGUUAUGGCAGAAUCGAUACAUCGGAUCGAGUAGCGAUGCCGGCGCCGGGAGAGUUGGCUAGCAACUCUCCUGGAAUGACUCCCGGUAGAGAGCUACACGAAGGCAUGGCGCUCUCACCACCCAGUGCCGCGACGCUUCCCUUUGUCAUGCGAACGACGCCAGGACCACGCUCCGCAUCGCCCGCUUCGCAACUAGCACGGUCACCCGAGACCAUCCGUGUCGGACCCGCCCGCAUCACGGACUCCAUUUACGCCCGCAGCCCGGCAUCUAUCUCGCACAUCCAGAGUCCUCGUCUGCUCCCCACCUCAGCCUCCAGCGUACCGGAUCGGACCAACACCCCCUCACCACGCACCUUCUCCGCCCGCGGUCCGAACGACUUUCACUUCGGCGACACCCUCGGCGAAGGCUCCUAUUCGACCGUGCUCGAAGCGUGGGACCUUCUCUCCGGACCCAACCCCAAGGAGCCAGGCGUCGUCGACCCUACCGCCACCUCCGCCGCCUCCGCCAUGGUCGGCUCCGAAUCACACCGUCGUCGACGUCGCCGACUCGACCUCACCGGCCGCAAAGCCUACGCCAUCAAAGUCCUCGACAAGGUCCACAUCCUCAAACAGAACAAGCAGAAGUACGUCGCCAUCGAAAAGGAAGCUCUCAGCCGCAUGAUUCGCCAUCCAGGCGUCGUCACCCUCUUCUGGACGUUUCAGGAUCGCGAGAGCCUGUACUUCGUCUUGGAACUGGCGAGCAACGGCGAGCUGUUGAACUUCAUCCGGAAGCGCGGAAGCUUCGAUGUCGAGUCGGCGAGGUUCUACGCAGCCAUGUUGGUGGAUACGUUGGAAGCGAUGCACGUGGCAGGGGUGGUGCAUAGGGAUGUGAAGCCGGAGAAUGUGCUGUUGGAUGGCAAGAUGAGGGUCAAGAUUACGGAUUUCGGAAGUGCCAAGAUCGUUCACCCUGCGGGAGAGACGGAGAAGGUGGAGAGCGAGGUCAAGGAGGAAGAGGAAGGGGGAAGGAAGAGAGCGGCCAGCUUUGUGGGCACCGCCGAGUACGUUUCGCCGGAAUUGCUGGUGGAGAAGGCGCAGCCUGCUGGCAAACCUGCUGACUGGUGGGCGUUUGGAUGCGUCUUGUUCCAGAUGCUGGCGGGAAGACCACCGUUCAAAGGGGUGAACGAGUAUCAGACGCUGCAGAAGGUCAAGAAGAGGGAAUUCGAGUUUCCGGAGGGGUUCGAGGAGGAUGCGAAGGACCUGAUCGACAGGGUUCUGGCGUUGGAUCCAGCGGAAAGGUUGACUGCGGCAGAGAUCAAGGCGCAUCGGUUCUUUGGCUCGAUCGAUUGGAAGAAGUUGUGGGAGCAGGAUGCGCCAGAGAUACGGACGGGGUUGGUGCAGCCGUUGCCGACAGCGAGGGGAGAGGAGAGGACGAGCGAUUUCAGCUUUGAUGAAGGGUUUGGCAGUUCGGACGAGAGUCAAGCGUACAACGGAGAUACGCAGAGCAUCGAUAGGGACAACGCCGAGGGAGCGGAUGUGGGAGAGGGGACAGGCAUGGAUGAUGCGGAUGAUUCGGAUCUGUCAGAUGCGAGCUCUCAGAAUCAAGCGACGAGUUGGGGAAAAAGACAGAGUGGAUUGCAGAGGUUGACGGAUGGGUUCCAGUCGAGGUUCAUGUCGACCGGAUCGUCUAGUCCGCAGGCGAACGGGAGGAGGAGGUUUUCGAAUAUGUCGAUUGACGCCUCUCGUCCUGCGAUCGCGGAGACCAACACGGAGCCUUCAGCCGUCCCAAGACCAAUGCGACCUUUUUCGAGAUCCAUGCAGACCAUGUCGACAAAUCACCACCACAGCCCAAGUCCCAACUCUACCACGCGAAUCCAACCAUCGUCAUCCUCUUCGACCCCUGCAGCAGCUGCAGCAACCGCAAGCACCACCGGUACGACGAGCGUUGGACUGCAGCACAGCUGGGCAGCGCUGCUGCUGCCCAAAGAGGUGAUGCUGUACAGUCUACCCGUGGCGCAGAAGAAGACGGGUACGGGCAAGAUGUUUACCAAACGACGGCAGCUGGUGCUGACGGAUUUCCCGCGCUUGCUGUGCGUAAAGGAGACGGCUACUGCGCUCAAGGUCAAGAGCGAGGUGAUCCUGGCGAUUCGUGCGUCGCGAACGAACGGGGUUACGUCUGGCGAUGCUGGUGGGGGUCAGGGGGAUUUUGAAAGGCUCUCAGGGGGAAGACAUUCGACCGCACAGCCAGAUGACGAGGUAAGGGAGGAUGAAGCGGGGCACCAGCAACAACAGCAACAGCAGCAGCAGCAACAGGUGAUACCGAAUCUGCUGACUGGAUUGGAAUGGAGAGGCGGAAGAACGUUCUCGGUCAGAGUGGUGAACGGACGGUCGUUCGUUUACGAGACGUUGGGCGGAGGAGAUGCGGGUGCGCUGAGAGGUUGUCUGCCGAAGAGUGAAACCGGGAAGGACCGGAUCCUCCGGCUGCAGCCUUCCCGAGCCUAG